AUGGCUGUGGCCGCCUUUGUUGGGGAGGAGGUUGCCAGCACUGCUUGUGGGUGCGCCAGGAAGACCCAGUGCCUCCAUCCGGACAAGCCCAUGAUGUUUGCCUGUGCUGACUGUCCGCGUCGCAACAGCAAAGCAGCGACCGAAGCCAACGAGUUGGACUCUGAGCCCAUGGCUGUGGCCGCCUUUGUUGGGGAGGAGGUUGCCAGCACUGCUUGUGGGUGCGCCAGGAAGACCCAGUGCCUCCAUCCGGACAAGCCCAUGAUGUUUGCCUGUGCUGACUGUCCGCGUCGCAACAGCAAAGCAGCGACCGAAGCCAACGAGUUGGACUCUGAGCCCAUGGCUGUGGCCGCGCUUGUUGGAGAGGAGGUUGCCAGCACCGCUUGUGCCAGGAAGACCCAGUGCCUCCAUCCGGACAAGCCCAUGAUGUUUGCCUGUGCUGACUGUCCACGCCGCAACAGCAAAGCGGCAACAGAAGCCAACGAGUUGGACUCUGAGCCCAUGGCUGUGGCCGCCUUUGUUGGGGAGGAGGUUGCCAGCACUGCUUGUGGGUGCGCCAGGAAGACCCAGUGCCUCCAUCCGGACAAGCCCAUGAUGUUUGCCUGUGCUGACUGUCCGCGUCGCAACAGCAAAGCAGCGACCGAAGCCAACGAGUUGGACUCUGAGCCCAUGGCUGUGGCCGCCCUUGUUGGGGAGGAGGUUGCCAGCACUGCUUGUGGGUGCGCCAGGAAGACCCAGUGCCUCCAUCCGGACAAGCCCAUGAUGUUUGCCUGUGCUGAUUGUCCGCGUCGCAACAGCAAAGCAGCGAACGAAGCCAACGAGUUGGACUCUGAGCCCAUGGCUGUGGCCGCCUUUGUUGGAGAGGAGGUUGCCAGCACCGCUUGUGCCAGGAAAACCCAGUGCCUCCACCCGGACAAGCCCAUGAUGUUUGCCUGUGCUGACUGUCCGCGCCGCACCAGCUGA